AAUUUGACUAGAUUCUCCGUCUCGCGGGCUCCAGGGUUAGCUGUCAGCGUCUCUCCCCAGCUGCUCCCUGGCCCCCAAGACAGUUCUCUCCGCUUGGGGCAAGACUCCGAGCACAGUACUCAGUAGCACUUGGCUUCGGAAGAAGUGAUUCGAAUGGUCCAGCUAUUGCCACCAGGCGAUGAGCUUCGGCCGCCAGUGCUGACCAAAGGUGCCAUCCCUUUCUGACCAAAACUGUUUACCCACGGUGAAAGGGACCGGGCACCCAAAUGGAGACGCCACCAGUCAAUCCAAUGGGAGAGAAGGACACCUCUCAACCGCAGCAACAAUGCGGAAAGAACUUCCGGAAGAACUUUGAUUCAGCUACUCAAAUUAGGCAGCAGCCCCGAGACCCUCCUACCGAAAUCCUUGAGCUGAGAGUGAGCCCAGAUCCAGCCAUCCAAAUUCUAGAGAAUCCUCAAGAAACUGAAAAUCUGGCCGCUGGACUUGAAGGAGACUCUGAUAAGUCUCAUGGAUCAGCCAGUGAGAUGCCAGAGCCCCUUGAAGCUUCUGACCUCUGGUACUGUCCUGAUGGGAGCUUUGUCAAGAAGAUCAUAACCCAUGGCCAUGGCUUGGACAAACCCAAGCUGGGCUCCCGCUGCCGGGUACAGGCUUCUGGAUUUCCUUUGGGGUCAGGGCUGCCAGAGGGUUGGACAGAGCUAACUAUGGGGUUAGGCCCAUGGCGGGAGGAAUCCUGGGGGGAGCUCAUAGAAAAAUGCUUGGAGUCCAUGUGUCAAGGUGAAGUGGCAGAGCUUCAGCUCCCUGGGUGCUCUGGACCUCCUAUCAGGCUCACACUGGCCUCCUUCACUCAGGGCCGGGACUCCUGGGAGCUGGAGGCCGCCGAGAAGGAGGCCCUGGCCAGGGAAGAACGUGCAAGGGGCACAGAAUUAUUUCAAGCUGGGAACCCUGAAGGGGCUGCCCGAUGCUAUGGACGGGCUCUUAGGCUGCUGCUGACUUUACCCCCACCUGGCUCUCCAGAACGAACUGUCCUUCAUGCCAACCUGGCUGCCUGUCAGUUGCUGCUAGGGCAGCCCCAUUUGGCAGCCCAGAGCUGUGAUCGGGUGCUGGAGCAAGAGCCUGGCCAUUUAAAGGCCUUGUACCGAAGAGGGGUUGCCCAGGCUGCUCUUGGGAACCUGGAAAAAGCAAGUGCUGACUUCAAGAAGGUGCUGGCAGUAGACCCGAAAAACCGGGCAGCCCAGGAAGAGCUGGGAAAGGUGAUCAUUCAGGGGAAGAAACAGGAUGCAAGGCUGGCUCAGGGACUGCGCAAGAUGUUUGGCUGAUUAAAAGUUAAACCUUAAAAGAGA